AUGCAAAUUUUCGUUAAAACUUUAACAGGUAAGACUAUUACCUUAGAAGUCGAAUCUUCUGACACUAUUGACAAUGUCAAGUCUAAGAUUCAAGACAAAGAAGGUAUUCCACCAGAUCAACAAAGAUUAAUCUUUGCUGGUAAGCAAUUAGAAGAUGGUAGAACUUUAUCUGACUACAACAUCCAAAAGGAAUCUACUUUACACUUAGUCUUGAGAUUACGUGGUGGUGGUAAGAAGAGAAAGAAGAAGGUCUACACUACCCCAAAGAAGAUCAAGCACAAGCACAAGAAGGUUAAGUUAGCCAUCUUAUCUUACUUCAAGGUUGACGGUGAAGGUAAGGUCACCAAGUUAAGAAAGGAAUGUUCCACCUGUGGUGCUGGUACUUUCUUAGCCAACCACAACGACAGAUUCUACUGUGGUAAGUGUCACCAAGUCUUCAAGACCGGUGCUUAA